UUGACAAAUACAUAAUGGCCGUUACCAGUUCUAGUUACCUCCGAAUAGUGUAACGCGUACAUGAAACUGUCGUGUGCCAGAACAGUGUAUUAUUUUAAGUAGAAUUUUUCCUCUUAUGUAUCUCAUGUAUCGUGUUUCUAUUUGUGAAAAAAUAAAAUACUGUGUUCAGAACUGAAAUCAUGUGAAAAGAAAGGUGAGAAAACGUAAAAUCACGAGAAAAAAACACGGAUGGUAAAACCGCGUUCGCGGAGGAUACAGAUUGAAUAUAGGAUUUGUGAAGCCAUAAGUGUGGUGUGUGACAUUUUUAAACAACUCUAAAGUUAACAUAGAUCUGAAUUAUGUUUAUGGUUCAAACAGAAAAUGUCUUGAUAUUAGUAUUUUAAACAUUAAUAAAUUACUGAAGGAUAUCUACCAAAUGUUAUUUAAAAUUGAGAUAAUACACAAUACAUUAUUUAUAAAGUGACAUACAGAGAUGUGUUAUGGAAAAAUGUAGUUCAAUUGUGUUUAUACAUGGAUGUAAUUUUGCAACAAAUGUGCUUUAAAGAUAAGUUAGAAUACUUUCAAAAUGCAGUUGUACAAUUAUUCUUUAAUGGAUAAUGUAGUUCUGAAAAGAACUACCUACUAUAUGCAAGGAAUUAAUAUUCAAAUAUGGUUAACAUUAAAGUGUGAUAUUGAGAACAAAUGUCAACAACCUAUGUAAAUAAACAUAUUUUGAAAAAAUAAAAGGUUAUUACCUAAACAACAGAUGAAAUAAGAAGUUACAUGCAUGACAGGAAUAGGAGACGUAGGUCGCAGACGCGUUGAAUGGCGCCGUAGCGCAAAUACAAUUUUCUUCUAUCACUAAGCUGUAAUUCAUGAGUGAGAUAUAGAAGCAAAGAUAGAUAAGCUGAAAAGGUGGCUAGACGCUACCCAGAGUAAAGAGGGGCUGCGUGGGCAUGCAGCAGCCUCAGUCACGCCCUCUUCUCGGGGACUCAGUAUCCUCUACAACUUCCCCGACUGCUCGGCGUAACAAUCCUGUUGCUGUUUUGACACAUCAACAGUUACAACAAUUACAACAACUGCAGGCUCAAAAUUCGAGUGGUCAGUCAUUGACAUUUGCUUUACAACAAACAUCAAAUAAUCCGCAAGACCAAGGAAAUAGGUCAACAACUGGAAACCAUAUAGUAUAUGUAAACCAGUUAAACCAUUUAAAUCAGAGUACCAUAAAUCCCUCAGGGACUGGUAUGGGCCUACCCCCGGCCACCCCCACUUUUGGGGUGGGCCUUAAUAUGGGAUUGCCACUAUCACUUCUAAAUACCAGCCUUACAUCCCUCACAUCUAAUGUUAUCACUACAUCAAAUCCUCUGCUCAAUUUGGGCCUGCCAAGUAUAAAUACAGGACUAACUACAAUAAAUCCUAGUCUCAAUCAGUUAAAUACCAUAAACUCAAAUUUAACUUCAAAUAUUGGUUCAAACAGUAUUAAUAAUGGUUUAUCUGGUUUGGGACAGGAUAUAAAUAAUAUAAAUACUGGAAUUAAUAGGCUCAAUACAUUAAAUUCAACAAAUAUAAAUUCUGGAUUAUCCAGUGUGAAUACUGGAAUUACCAAUGUAAAUCAGAAUUUAACAAGUUUAAAUUCAAACAUAAACCAGAAUGUUACCAGUUUGAGCACAAAUUUUACAUCCCCAAGCUCUGGUGUAUCUGGUUUAACUGCUAUUAAUCCAAAUAUAAAUGCAAAUUUAACUACUACCAGUAUAAAUUCUGGUAUGAAUCAAGGCCUCAAUCGAUCUAUUAAUGCUUUAACAACUGGAUUAACUCAAACUAGUCUAAAUUCCAGCAGUACACAAUUUCCAUUCCAAGCCAUACAAAGUAUACAGAGUAUUGCACCACACAUUGUUGGGUCAAAUAUUGCACAUGUACCAAGUUCUGCUAUAUCGCAGCACCCGAAUUCAAACGUUUCUACUAUUUCACAAAUAACAAAUACUGGUACCUUGACAAGUUCCAGUAUAUUCACAAGCACUUCCAGUGAACCAAUUCAUUCAACCACAGCAAAUGUGAAUCACGCUUCAAACGUGAAUCUCACUACAAAUAUUCCACAUCUUGGUACAAUGCACUCAAAUUUAUCUAAUGUAUCAACGUCUAAUGUGCAGCAUAUAUCUGCAUCAAAUGAACCGAAUAUGUCACUGAGUCAUACUUCUUUAAGUUCUUCUCAGUCAACUGGAUUUCAAUCUCAGCGACAAUAUUCACAGGGAAUUAACCCUGGUUUAAGUUCAUCGGUAACAUUAACGGGCUCGUCUCAACCAUCAAAUGUGGUCAGUACAAUAAAUACUGUAAAAUCUAUGCAGAACAUUCAAAGUCAAAAUAUUAGUUCUCCAAGCAGUCCAUUUUCAAUACCAUUAAAAAGUCCAGCAUCUAAUAUUGCACCACCUACACCAAGCCCUAGUCCUAACAGACUACUACUUAGAAGUCCAGCGUCUAAUUCAAUACAAUCUAAUAGAAAUAGUCCAAGUCCUGUUGGAACAUCAAAUAAUAAUUUUAAUAUACAAAUGCAAAGCCCAAUGCAGAGUCCAAUGAGUGUUAGCCAAAUUCAAAGUCCUGUACUUAGUCCAUAUCCUCCUGCAAAAAGUCCUCAUUUGUUAAGUGGAAAUAACUCUCUGAACAACAGAAGUCCAGCACCUGGUGGAAGUCCUGGUCCACCUGUGGUUAGACCCAAUACACCAAUACUACAACAAGGUAUGCAAGUAUUGCAAAUAAUUCAUGGGACACCACAAGGGUAUCAAUCAACACCAACGCAACUAGUGACUAGGACACAUUUGAUUGGAAAUCAACAAAUUCAAAUAGCUGCAACUAAGCCUACAAAACAGCCACCACAAAUUUUACCAAAACCUCCAAACCAACAAGCUGCUGGAUCACAACAAAAACAGCAACGUGUUACUACCACAAUUACAAAUCAAGUGACACAACAAACUCAACCACAGUUAGUUCUUGCUGGACCACAACCAAGUCCUACAACAGCUACAAUGAUACCAACAGCACAAGGUCUAUUAUUAAAUCAGGUUCUGCCGUCAACUGGACCCGUUAUUGUACAACAACAACCAGGUGGUGUUCAACUCAUACUAAGAACGCCAGCGAGUGCCCAGCAACAAACACAUACUGCACAGCUAACACAACAGCAAUUAGUUAGAGUUGUGACAGCACAAGGUAUGCAGUUACAAGGCAUUACACCUACGUUUUUUGCUGUACCUAAUGGUUUUCCUCCAGCUGCAUCUCCAGUAAUUAGACAUACUCCUUCUAGUCCAGCACCUUCUGCUACUUCAGGGACUGGUAAUUCUAUAGUGAUUCAAAAUGCAAUGGUACAAAGUCCUCAACCACAAAUCUCACAAGUAGGAUCGAGUUCUAAUACUGGUAACACUCCAUGUACGCAAGCUGUUGUUGAACAAUCUUUAUUACCACCUCCUAAGAAAAAAGCAAAAAAGAAAAAGAAAGCAAAACGGAAAGACGAUGAACCACCAAAAUUGGAUCUUGCUAGUAUAAUGAAAAUAUCAGGAAUUGGAGAUGAUGAUGAUAUUUUUGAUACUGAUCUUACAACUGAAUCAGAUGUUUCUUGUCAAGUUCAAGUUGACUCAAGUUCAGGACAAACUCUGGGACAACUUUCAUCCCAAGUAACGAUACCUACCAGUUCUGCUCAGAAUCUGAUACAAGUACCUGCACCAAAUACAACGAAUACACAAACUUCCGCGUCUCAAACGUUUAAUAGCCAACUUGUUGCCCAACUUCAAAUGCCUGUGCAAAAUGUACAAGGACAAUUACGAUUUGCUCUUGGAGAGGAUGGAAGAGUUGUUUUGCAUCGUACUCCAGAAUUAAAUCAGCCUGAAAUGGAUCAAGCUACUGCUCAAGCACUAAUACGAUCAUUAACACAAGGUGGUGGACAAAAUUCUCCAAUUAUUUCUCACCUUCUUGGACAAGCGCAAACGACAACACAAUCUACACAAAAUACUGUGUUACAAAGACAAAAAUUUGUUAAAUCACCUUUAUCAUCCAGUGUUUCAACGGUUACUACUACUGUAAGUUCAACAGCUCCACAAAGUGUUACUUGUGCAACUAGUCCACAGCAUGUGCAAGUAUGCUCAAAAUCAAAUAAUCAACAGAAAAGUGUAAAUGUUCCUCAAGAAUCCAGUCCUGUGUUAAAUGUUUGUGUCCAAAACAGUCUUGUAUCUUUACAAACAUUGGAUAUGCAAGCAUCGAAAAAUAUCAAUGUACAAAAUCUCGCAUCAACAACAAAAACUAAUCAGUCAUCUAAUUCUAGCCUUUCACAACCAAACAGUAAUGUUCUAACGCCUGACGUUUUAGCAACAAAACCUUCAUGUACUACGUUCAAUGUACAAAAUUCUCGAUUAACUAAUACGAGUCAAGGUACUAAUAAUCAACAAAAUUCUAAUGUUUCCACACAAAAAUCUAGUCAAGUGCGACUUACAAAUGCUUGUGUUACUACUAAUGUGCGACAAAAUUUAAAUAAAAUAUCUCAGAGUGCUGCUCAUGUUCAAAAAUCAUUACCAAAUAAUUUAACUGUACAAAAUGAACAUACUGUGACAAAAAGUAAUCAGAGCCAUCAACAAGGAAAUCAACAGGAGUCAAUAACAUUGCAGCAAGAAACACCAAUAUAUCAGCAUAAUCAACACCAACAAAUAACAGCACAGACUGUACAAACUCAGAAUGUCCAACAAGUUUUCGAACAAAAUCUUCAAACUUCUGCAUCAAAUGCUCAACAUAAUUCUUUAAACAUGUUACAACAACAAAGUUCUUGCAAUACGGCAAUGCAACAUGAUGCUAUGAAUGUUUUACAACAACAUUCUAGUAUUCAACAAAAUACAAUUAAUGUUUUGCAGCAAAAUGCAUCUAGUAAUGUACAAAAUAUUGAACAAUCUGGCAUUGGUGAUUUGACUCAUGCGCAACAAAAUGUUAUUACAAAUAUGCAACAGCAAAAUACAUCUGCUAUUUUGCAUAAUACAAGUGUACAGCAAAAUGUAAAUGUACAACAACAAAAAGUUGUUGCAGCAAACACAUUUUCUUCUGUGAACACGCAUCAUUUUGAAUCCCAGAAUACAAUUAAUGCUAUACAGCAAGGACUAAAUACACAGCAAAAUAAUCAACAUCAAAAUAUUGUGAUUACAAAUGCUCCUCCUUCAACUGUUAUGCAACAAAAUGAAUCUCAAAAAGUAGAAACCCAAAAUACAACAAUGCUUAAUUCAGCAGCAAACAAUAUAUUAAAUAAUGCACCAAAAAUUACUCCCGAAAUUUUAAAUGCAUUGAGUAAUUUAAAUCCUAAUGAUCAGUUAUUAAUUGCAAAUGCAAAUGGACAAAUGCAAGUAAUCAGUCAGCAGCUAUUACAACAAUUUUUAGCAGGACAAUUAAAUGCAACUAACCAGGUACAAAAUCAAAACCAAACUCAAAAAAUAGUGAUUGGUGAGCCAGAUGCAAAUAACCAGAAUUUACAAGGUGUACAAAUUAAUACUCCAACGAGUCAAAUAAUUGUGAAUAGUUCUGGUGGAGCUCCUACAAUUCAAAAUAAUAUACAGAAUAUUGUAGUACAAGCUGCUCCUUCUCAAAUGCCGCAACAUAUACAAAUUCAAAAUUCCAGUUUUCCUAGUCAGUUUAUUGACAAUUUAAAUCAACAACAAAUCAGAAAUUUAGGUAAUAAUCAACCAAAGAAGGCAAAAAUUGUUAAAAGAACAAAAACUGCUGUUACUACCCAAAAUACUGGAAAUGCACAGGUAACAAAAACAAUUACUGUUUCCCGGCCAACAAUGUUAUCAACAAAUAUAACUAAUCUUCAAAAAGUUGAUAAUUCUAACAAAGUAAAUACUGUAGUGUCACAAAGUACAAAUCCAAUUAAGAGUGAAUCUUCACAAGUUGUUACAAAUGGUCCUGUACUUCCGUCUUCUCCUGGAAAUCACUUAUCAGUUCCCUCAAAUGGUCAAAUGGUUCAAAGAGUACAGACUAUUCAACUUCCUGCUCAAAAACAACAAUUAUUAAAAAAUAUACAGUCUCAAAUACAAGCUAUAUUAGCUCGUAAAUCAGGUUCACAACCAGAUCAAAGUGUUUUAACAAAAUUAUAUCAAGAACAAGCAAAAAUUUUGGCAAGUGGAAAGGUUGUUAGUACUACAACACAUUCUGUCAGUAGUGGAACAGAAACAAGUUUUAGUGUAAAUGCAGUUUCAACAAUGGCACCAAAUUUAAUAUCACAAAAUUGUUAUAAAAAUCAGACAUCAGCUGUACAAACUCAAACACAGACAUCAACUACUGUGGUAACUUCACAAAACUUAAAUCCAAGUACAUCUUCAACGGUACAGAAUAAUUCAUCUAAUAAUUAUAUGAACAACCUUUCGAUAUCACAAAAUGUGCAAGGGCAACAAUGUGUACAAAAUAAUCAAAAUGUACACCAAACGCACACAAAACAGCACAAGAUUUAUCAGAAUCAUGGAAAUCAGAUAUUAAGUCCGUCCUCUGCCAAUAUACAAAUUUUCUCACCACCAAUUACCUCUGUAGCUACUGUGCAGAGUAACGCACAACAGUUAUCUUCAGUUCAAACUCAACAAACUGGAAUGCAACAGUCAACCCAAUGUCAAACAGACCCAUUAGACAUAAAACCAAAUAUGCAAAUAUCAAGUCCUGUUAAACAAGAACUUUCUUCACCUAUUCAAAUACAAGUUCAAAGUGGUUCACCUGCAGGACAGGUAGCCUCACCUAGAAUGAUUGGCAAAGGAUCACAAAGAAUUCAAAGUCCUGUAAACACUAAUGGUAAUUCCAAUAAGCAAACUGUCAGUCCUAAUAAUAAUUCAAGUCCUUUAGUAAGCCCCAGACAAGGUGUAAAAAGACCAGCAUCCAGUCCAAUUUGCAGACAGAUUAAUCGUAGUGACUUAUUAGAACAGCAAUUAAAAAUUGAUCAAAAUGGUGCGAUAAAUCCAGACGUAAAUACGCCAUUUUUGAGCAAACGUGAUGCUUGUAAACGUCUUGUACGAUAUCAUUGUUUAAAUGAGCAAGUACUUAGUUCUAAAGAUUUGGCAAAAGCUGAUGAAAUGUUUGAAGAAACAGCCAAACAUCUUCUAUCAAAAUUCAAUUCCAUGAUGAACAAAUACACGUAUCUUCUUUUAAUGGAAAGCAUGCGAGAAGUGAGGACAUCAGAAUUGAUGAUGAUUGACAGAACUUUUGUUGCUGAAGAACAAAGUAUAUUAAAUAGGUUACGAGAACAAGAGGCUAAAGUUAAUGAAGAGUUCAAAAAAGAAGAAAAGCCAUUGGUGCCAAAGGUUGAACCUGGUCUUACAGAAGAAGACAAAUUAUCACCAUCAUUAACUAAUGUGUCUGUAAAACGUGAAUUAGAAGACGACUUUCUAAGUGACGAAAUAGAAUGCAAACCAGUGAUUAAAUCAGCAAAUUGUACUAGUGGUGAUUAUGAUGAGUGGGUAGAGAUACAAAAAGAACUUGGUGUAUAUCCAUCUACCACAGACUCAUUUAAAUGUAAAAAUAUUAAUAACAGUGGUAGUAAUAGUGCAUGUGCUGUGGCUGUUACAAGGUCAUCUAAAACUGAAAGAACACGAGCAAAUGGUGAAUGUCGUCUUACUGUAUCAAAUGCGAAUAUUUCUGGAGUUCAAAGUACAGUUAUAAAAGACAAUUGCGAACAAGAUAGUACUCCAGUUUUUGAAAAACGUUGGAAUAGUGCUACUGAUCUUGAGCGAGAUUUGUUAGAAGAUACAGACAGCCUAGAUGGACUGGCCUUACAUUCUCAAACUCAAUGUCCAGGCUCUCUUCAAGUAACAACCGAAAGUGGAAAUGGUAAUGAACAUGAUGAUAUUACAGCGCAGGUACAAUCUGCCAUUGAUAGCAUUCUUAAUCUUAAAAAACGUCCUACAAAUACAUUACCUGGCAAUGGUAAUAGUGCAUCACAAUCCAGUGAAUCAAAGGACACAGUGCUUGACCAAGCAGUCCGUAGCAUUUUAGGCUCGUGACCCUCCUUUAAUAAAGUAUAUUAAACAAGUGAAGUUAAUGGUGAACAUCAUGCUAAUUGUUCGUUUAAAAAAUUUUUAAAGUACUAUACAUUUUUUUGGUGAUUUUUUUGUGGUUAUGUGAAUAAUCUAAAAACUAUGUUUGAUAUUAAGAAUGCGACAUUAUCUUUGGUAAUGCAUAUUUGAAAGCCUACAAAUUGUUGCUAAAUUAUUUGUAUAAAUCCUACAAUUUUAAUUUCAUUUAUACAUAAAUUAAAACGACUAUCUGGA